CAGCCAAUAACCUGGCAACAUAUAGUUGCAUUGGAGCUUGCUUCAUAGGAAGGCCAACAUUUUUCCUUACUGGAACAGAUAUUUAUUCUUGUACAUCUGCUUCUCUAGAACUGCUAUCUGUGGAUUUACCGAAUGCUUUCUUCACCAUCAUGGCAAUCAGCACAGCAUGGUUGAUGACCAAGAAACUGAUUUUACAGCCAGAGAAUUACGAGAAACCUCCUCCUGGGUUUAUAAAGGAGGAUGAGACAAAGCCAGAAGACUGUAUACCAGAUGUGCCGGGCAAUGAACAUGCCAGGGAGUUUCUGGCUCAUGCACCAACUAAAGGACUUUGGAUGCCUCUUGGGAGAGAGGUCAAAGUUAUGCAGUGUUGGCGUUGCAAAAGGUAUGGCCAUCGAACAGGCGACAAAGAAUGCCCUUUCUUUAUCAAAGGCAACCAGAAGUUAGAACAGUUCCGAGUUGCACACGAGGAUCCCAUGUAUGACAUCAUUCGAGAGAAUAAAAGACAUGAGAAGGAUGUAAGGAUCCAGCAGUUAAAACAGUUACUGGAGGACUCCACCUCAGAUGAAGACGAGAGCAGCUCCAGCUCCUCAGGCAAAGAGAAGCGCAAGAAAAAGAAGAAGAAAGAAAAACACAAGAAAAAAAAGAAGGAAAAGAAAAAGAGGAAGAAACGAAAGCACAAGGCUUCCAAGUCGAGUGAGAGCUCAGACUCAGAGUGAUGGCUGAUGGCAGAUUCUCAAAACCACCCACAGGCCAAAGAGCAGACACAGCAGCCCCUGAGAGCGACGGGACAGGACUAGGCGGGGACACCUGCUGGCAUGGCUGCAGAUUGUCACCACCUCUUGGUACCAGGUGACCACCACAGGGCAGGCAGGUGCUGCUGCCAACAGCAUCUGUCCUCUCCCUGAUGGUCACUUGUGUCUGAUUGCUUUAACGGGGCCACCUGCAGGGGGCGAUGGAGAGACUCUGAGGAAACACUCUAGGGUGCUGCCACAGCUUUGCCCUCCGUGGUGUGGCAACUCAGUUCCCAUGAACUUCAGGCUUGACCCUUCUCUGUGGUUCGGGAUAAUAAAAGUUCAUGAUUUAUUUUUUAAA